AUUAGGGGCGGCUGGUUUGACUGCUACUUCACGAGUGGAGUCGAAAACUGGAGUGGACGACAGAUGAAGCACCGUGCGGCCAUCCUUGGGAUUUUUUUUUUUUUUUUAUAACCAAGCACAAGGCGUUUUAUGUUUGGACUCAACCGAAGUAACACAACGGGGAUAGCAACCACAGAGCGGCGUCAAGGAGACCGUUUGACAACCAAACGGCGCUCUUCAGUCUAUGGGCUCUCAGUCCAGUUCUGGGAUGUCUGGUCGAAGGCGCUCUUCCAGUGGCAGCCCAGUUGAUCAGUCUGAAUUAGAAGAGCGAAACCAGAGCAGCAGCAGCAGCAGCAGCGCCAGCGGCAGCAGCGGCAGCGGCAGCAGGCAGCAAAGAGAAACGGUGUCAGCAUCAGAGGAGGACGUCGACUUAGCUGAAGUCCUGGCUUACCUACUGAGGAGGGGCCAGGUCAGACUGGUCCAUGGCAGCGGAGCCACAGGGCUGCAGCUGGUUCAGUCAUACUCAGAUUCCGAUGAGGACAGCGAUGGUGCGUGGGAGGGUUGGCUGGGCAACCGCUACAAUCCGCCUGUGGACACCCAGCCUGACACGCAUGAGCUGGACCGCAGUGAGAUCCGAACUCGGAUCCUGCUGGCCACUGCUUCGUCUGACCUGAAAGGCAAAACAAGUUUCACACACAUGGUAACAGAGAGGGAGCAAGGAAGGUGUAGAGGCUCGAGUUUUUCCCACGGAGAGUGCAGUCGGAUCCGCUCGCAUUUCCUGCCAAACUAUGUCUCUCACACGGCUACAUACCACCACAAAGCCUUCUGCGGCGUCUACAGCGAGGAUGGAAACAUGUUCCUGUCUGCCUGCCAGGAUCAGAACAUCCGCUUGUACGAUACAAGCAGAGGACGCUUUCUACUACGGCAAACGGUGAAGGCUCGAGAUGUUGGCUGGAGCGUUCUGGACGUCUGCUUCACGCCGGACGCGCAGCACGUGCUCUACUCCAGCUGGUCAGACUACAUUCAUCUGUGCAGCAUCAAUGGGGACAGUGGGGACCACACUGCAUUGGACCUCAAUCCAGAUGAGAGGAGGUUCUGUGUGUUCUCACUGGCUGCGUCCACAGAUGGCAAAGAGAUCCUGGGAGGAGCAAAUGACGGCUGUCUUUAUGUCUUUGACCUCGAGCAGAAUAAAAGAACACUGAAGAUCGAUGCCCACCAGGAUGACGUGAACGCGGUGGCGUUUGCCGACAACUCGUCCCAGCUGCUGUUCUCCGGCAGUGACGAUGCACUGUGCAAAGUGUGGGACAGGAGGACGCUGCGGGAGGAUAUGCCGCAGCCAGUCGGACAGCUGGCGGGCCACCGGGACGGCAUCACCUUCAUCCACAGCAAGGGCGAUGCGCGCUAUCUGAUCAGCAACUCGAAGGACCAGUCUAUCAAGCUCUGGGACGUGAGGAAGUUCUCGCCCAAAGAGGGGUUGGCAGCCUCGCGCCUGGCCGUCACCCAGCAGAACUGGGAUUACCGCUGGCAGCGGGUUCCCCAAAGAGCCCUGAGGCGACACAAGCUGGUCGGCGACACCUCGGUGAUGACGUACCGUGGCCACGGCGUCCUGCACACGCUCAUCCGCUGUCGUUUCUCGCCCGAGUUCAGCACGGGACAGAGGUUCAUCUACUCCGGGUGCUCUACCGGCAAGAUUGUCAUCUACGAUGUGUUGACAGGCGCCGUGGUUUCUAAACUGUUGGGUCAUGGUGCCUGCGUGAGGGACGUCACUUGGCACCCGUACGACGACAACAUCAUCAGUAGCUCUUGGGACUGCGGCGUGCGAAUGUGGGAGCACAGACAAACUCACCCUCUGGAAGAAGAGCGAGAGAGCAGAGAAGAGGGAGAAGCUGCGUGAGACGAGGACACCGCAAACGCGGCAUUGCAGGAGGAGCCCGCGCCCGGAGGGAAGUCCACUUGCAAAGAGACUUAGCUUUCAAUUCAGCCUUGGCUAUGAUGAUCAGAAUUUUUAGAGUGAGAUGCUCGGGUGCCAUCAAGAGACAGGACACGCCUACGCUUGCUUAAGUCACAAGCCCGACAUUAUUCUUUUGGCCUGUGACUCCGGUGCAAAAGCGAAACCAUAUUUGAACACGGAGGGGAGAAAGUGGCGGUCAAAAUUGUCAAGUAUCGGUGCAGACAUUGUCUCAAGUGUGUUGAAAAGAUGUCCGCUCUUGUCUGUUUUCAGGGGGCCCGAUUACGCAAAAACCGUAAAUCCCUCAAUGUAAGAUUCAAAGCUGUCAUGCACCUUCUGUGAGUGCACACAGAAUUGUCUCUCAAUGCUGAGAUGACGCCAAAUCAUCAUGUAGGGAUCUUCUGGACCCCAGUCAGCACCCAGCUCGAGAAAUGCGAAUGAUUAAAAAGAGACAAAAAAAUACUUUGUUAAGCACGAA